AUGUUCAGUUUCUUCCGGCGCACUAUUGGGCGCCGGUCUAUGCGCCGCCAUGAGGAGAAGGAACGCCUCCGAGAAGCCCAGAAAGCGGCAACCCACAUCCCGGCGGCUGGAGAUGCCAAAUCGGUGAUCACAUGUCGGGUGUCCCUGCUGGACGGGAGUGAUGUCAGCGUGGAUCUGCCGAAAAAAGCCAAAGGCCAGGCGCUCUUCGACCAGAUCAUGUACCACCUGGACCUCAUUGAGAUGGACUAUUUUGGCUUACAGUUCAUGGAUUCCGCCCAAGUGCCUCAUUGGUUGGAUCACACGAAGAGCAUCAAGAAGCAAGUGGCCAUUGGUCCUCCGUACUGCCUCCACCUGCGGGUGAAAUUCUACUCCUCGGAGCCCAACAACCUGCGAGAGGAACUCACAAGGUAUCUCUUCGUCUUGCAGCUGAAACAAGAUGUCCUGAGUGGAAAGUUGGAAUGUCCUUUCGACACAGCGGUGCAGCUGGCUGCAUACACCCUACAAGGGGAAAUGGGAGAACUUUGAGCCCAGCGAGCACCCGCCGGACUGGU